AUGGUGCACUGGCGGGCAGUGAAGGCCGUCGACGCGGCGCUGCGUGACGUGCGUGAGUCGGAGUUCGGUGAUCUCUUCACCGUUUUCGCGGGCGACUGGCAGCAAAUCCUGCCGGUUGUCAGGGGCGGUGGCAGGUGUCACAUUGUCGACGCGUGUCUCAAGUCGUCUCCCCUGUGGCAGCACGUGACGUGCCUCACGCUGCGCACCAAUAUGCGCGCGCAGCUGCAGGGGGACGCCGAGGCGGAGUGGCUCGAAGAGCGGGCCAUCCUCACCGUGUUCAAUGCCGGCGUCAAAAGAAUCAAUGACCACGUCAUUGACCGUCCGCCGGGGCCGGGGCACGUGUACACGAGCGUAGACAGUACGUCCGACCCUGACGCGGUGCCGCUGGCCACCGAGGUUCUUAUCGGCAUCGAGCUUUCUGGCACGCCAGCACAUUUUAUCCGGCUCAAGGCCGGCGCUCCAGUCCUCCUCAUGCGUAAUCUCGACGCACCCAGCUUGAUCAUCGGCACGCUGUGCGUGACGGUCGCAUUGUCCGCCGCCGUCCUGGAGCUGAAAAAUAUCACCGGUCCAGACCGCAGCCACGUGAUCGCUGCGCCGCGGAUUCCGAUCGAGUCUACCCCGGACUCUGGCCUGGUGUUCUCAUUCCGACGCCUGUAG